GUGGCCUUGAGGAUACGGCCAAUGAUGGAUGACGAAAUUUACAAUGGCGCGACGCCCGUCGCCCACAAAGUGGACGAGAACAUGGUGGUCAUCAUGGACCCCAGCGAUGACUUGGAUGACAUCUUGCGACAGAAUCGGUCGAGAGAGAAGCAGUACAUAUUUGAUGUCGUCAUGGACGCUAAAUCUACUCAGGAGGACACGUACAACAAGUCAUGCAAGUUCCUCAUACCAAGCAUCAUGGACGGCUACAACGCUACCGUCUUCGCCUACGGAGCCACAGGUGCCGGAAAAACCCACACGAUGUUGGGGAGGGAUGAAAAUCCGGGGAUCAUGGCACAAGCCCUGACUGAUCUGUUUGAUAAGAUGAACGAAUCUCAGGAGAGGCUGAUAUACAAAGUUACUAUGUCCUAUCUGGAGGUGAUGCAUAUAUUAAAAGAGGGCAACAAACAACGGACUCAGGAGCCGACGGCCGCCAACAAGACAAGUUCAAGGUCGCACGCUGUUUUAAUUAUAUCUGUCAGGCAGAGAAACAGGUCUGUGUUAGCGGCAGGCAUGCAGCAGCAGUACCGCAUGGGCAAGCUGAUCCUCAUCGACCUGGCUGGCUCGGAAAGGGCGGCAAACACCCAGAACAGAGGCAAGCGAAUGGUCGAGGGGGCGCAUAUUAACAGGAGUCUGUUGGCCCUAGGAAACUGCAUCAAUGCGCUAAGCGACAAGACAGGAUCGAAGUACGUGAACUACAGGGACAGCAAACUGACGCGUCUGCUGAAGGACGCGCUCGGCGGCAACUGCAAGACGGUCAUGGUGGCUCAUAUCUCUCCUGCAAGUUUCCACUUUGAGGAAACCAGGAACACGCUGACCUAUGCCGAUAGGGCUAAAAAUCUGAAAACAAAAGUUCGUUUGUUUUGUGCUUGUUUGUUUUUGUUCGUUUUUUGUAUGUUUUGUAUAUUUUGUGUUUUGGGUUGUGUUUCUGUAUUUGUUUGA